AUGCGCGGAGCUGACGCGCGCGGCGCGACUUGCGUGUCGAUGGUGCAGGUGCCGGUGGAGGCGUUUUCGUCGGCGAAGGUGCACGACAACGCGGACCCCUCGCUGUCCCUGGACCGGUAUAUGCGGAUGCCGCUCGAGGAGUUCGCGCAGCUGCAGCUCCCGCUCGGAGCGAAGAUGACCCUCGCCGGAAACGACCACCUCGAGCUGGUAGUCCCGGACAUGAGGAUCUUCGACCUGAAAAUCAGCCCCCACGUCCUCCUGCGCGCGGAACGCAUCGAAGGGGACCACCCGGCGCUCGUCAUGCACGUCGAGAAGUUCGAGCUCCAGGGGUCCCAGGCCAUCAUCCGCGCGCUCAACGAGGCCGUCACCGUCGUCGGCUCCACCAAGUUCUCCUGGCAGUCGGCGGGGAAGGAUUCCCACGUGUACUGCUCCACGAACCUCGAGCUGGGCGGCGAGCCGCCGGGCCCGUUCAAGCUGGUCCCCAAGGGCCUGCUGGAGUCGACGAUCGCGACGGGGAUGGGCAGCACGGUCGGGCUGAUCCAGAAGCCGUUCAUGAACCGCAUCGCGGACGACUUCAAGCGCUGGGCCUCCGACCCGUCGUUCCGCGGGGCGCGGGCGGCGACGGGCGCCGGGGUGCGGUCGCAGAUGGCGCUCGUCGGCGUCGGCAAGAGCCGGGGCCGCGACGUGCGGCUCGGCGCGCGCUCGCGCAAGCACGAGGAGGCCUAG